GUUCCAUUUUAUAAACUUUUAAAUAUAAAUUAUUGGUAUGAUAAGUUCUGUAUUUCUUUCUCUGUUCAAACUUUUUACUUUUUCCAGGAGUUUUUCUCUAAAACUCUUGUUUUUGUGUGGGUUGCGGUCAUUCUUUUGUUGAAGCAUCCAUACUUGGGCAGUCUCAGCUUCUCCCUCUCCUCCAUCCCCAGCUACCCCCAUCUCCAAUCCACCACGCCAGAUCGUCGCACCUUUCCCGUCAGAGAGCCUUCCCGUCGCAUACUCGCAGCUAUCUCCACGCUGCCGAGCCUUACCUCUCGCGGCUUCGCAGUCGACUCUUUGCCCGUGGACUUCAGCGGCUGCAAACUACUCGGCCUUCCCGUCGGCUCCUUGUCCGUGCGUUCACCAACCCAUUUAUAAUAUUUUCAACUAGAGAAAAUGGCAUUGAGGAAGCCUGGUGUGAUUGCUUUGUUUGAUGUUGAUGGCACUCUCACAGCUCCAAGAAAGGAGGUUACUCCCCAAAUGCUUGGAUUUAUGCGUGAACUCAGAAAGGUCAUCACAGUCGGUGUUGUGGGGGGAUCUGACCUUAGUAAGAUAACAGAGCAACUCGGGAAGACAGUUAUUGGUGAUUAUGAUUAUGUAUUUUCUGAGAAUGGCCUUGUGGCUCACAAAGAUGGGAAGCUCAUCGGCACCCAGAGCUUGAAGACACAUCUUGGAGAAGACCAGCUCAAGGAAUUUAUCAAUUUUACACUUCACUAUAUUGCUGACUUGGAUAUUCCAAUAAAAAGAGGAACAUUUAUAGAGUUUCGAAGUGGGAUGAUCAACGUCUCACCAAUUGGGAGAAACUGCAGCCAGGAAGAAAGGGAUGAAUUUGAAAGAUAUGACAAGGUUCAAAAUAUACGCCCAAAAAUGGUUUCAGUGCUAAGGGAGAAGUUUGCUCAUCUCAACCUGACAUUCUCCAUAGGAGGACAAAUUAGCUUUGAUGUCUUUCCCCAAGGCUGGGAUAAAACAUAUUGCUUGAGAUACCUUGAUGACUUCCAAGAAAUCCAUUUCUUUGGUGACAAAACUUACAAGGGUGGAAACGACCAUGAAAUUUAUGAGUCGGAACGAACUGUAGGUCACACAGUUACUAGCCCUGAAGAUACAGCUGAGCAGUGUAAAGCUCUAUUCCUAGCUUAACCCUGAGAUUGAGCUAAAGCUGUUGGUUCUUCAAAUAUGUGCCAUUUGUGAUUUCCGUGAGAAUAAAUACCAGGCAGAAGUCUUCAUGGAAAUGUGUAAUUUUAUAUCAUUUUCUUGAAAAAGGACAAAAAUAUGUUGAUUGAGAACUUGUCAUUGUAAUUCUUUUAGUAUCUUUAUAAUUAUUCUUAUGUAUCUGUUUUCAUCUUAUUGAAUAAAGCCAUUUUCAUUUGCAUUGCU